GCCCCCGCAGGGCCGCGGACGGAGGUGGUGGCGGAGUUCCCGCUGCCCACAGGUCUGGCCUGACCUUCUGGGGCGGGGGCCUGGGGGCAGGGGCCCUGGGCCGGAGGACCUGGGGCCGCCUAACGACUCGGAGCUCCCCGCCGGGGGACACCGGCGCUCGGCCCGGGUCUCAGAAAGUGGCCCUUCUGCAGAGGCCGGGCUGGAGGAGAAGAUGGCGGCCAAGCAGCCCCCGCCUCUGAUGAAGAAGCACAGCCAGACGGACCUCGUGAGCCGCCUGAAGACCCGCAAGAUCCUCGGCGUGGGCGGGGAGGACGACGACGGGGAGGUGCAUCGCUCCAAGAUCAGCCAGGUCUUGGGCAAUGAAAUCAAGUUUACUGUUCGGGAGCCUUUGGGGCUCAGGCUCUGGCAGUUCGUCUCUGCUGUGCUCUUCUCUGGCAUUGCCAUCAUGGCGCUUGCCUUCCCUGACCAGCUCUAUGAUGCGGUCUUUGAUGGAGCCCAGGUGACCAGCAAGACCCCCAUCCGCCUCUACGGCGGUGCCCUCCUCAGCAUCUCCCUGAUCAUGUGGAACGCUCUCUACACGGCUGAGAAGGUCAUCAUUCGAUGGACCCUGCUCACUGAAGCCUGCUACUUCGGGGUCCAGUUCUUGGUGGUCACUGCCACGCUAGCUGAGACGGGCCUCAUGUCCCUGGGGAUCCUGCUGCUCCUGGUCAGCCGCCUCCUUUUUGUCGCCAUCAGCAUUUACUACUAUUACCAAGUCGGCCGAAGACCCAAGAAGGCCUAGCUGCCCGCUGGGCCUGGGGCCCUGCCCAUGCCCAGGGCAGAGUGGCGCUGGGGCCUCGGCUUCCCUCUGGCUCCUGGAAGACAGGAGGGUCCCCUGCCCUGCCCCAGCCCUGCCCCAGGGAGGCAGGGGGUGGGGGGCCUUCCUUUCCUCCUGGGCACCCCGUGUGCUGUGACCUCCUGGGCUUUCAGGCUUGACAUGCUGGUUUGGGGAGAGACAGGGCCUCUGCUGCCCGAUUCCUCACCCUCACAGUGAUACCUGCUUUCCUUGGGUCUCUCGGCCUCCAGACCCCCUCAACAGACACUGACGAAAG